AUGGCCCAGGGGCUGCUUUCAGGCCCCCUGGACCUCGGCCCAGAGCAGGUGGAGGCAAAUGUGACUCUGGAUCCAGACACGGCUCAUCCCAAACUCAUCCUGUCUGAAGAUCAAAAAAGCGUGAAAUGGGGAGACACACGGCAGCGACUGCCCAACAACCCUAAGAGAUUUGGCACUGAGCCCUGUUUGCUAGGCUGUGAGGGAUUCACCUCGGGGAGACAUUGCUGGGAGGUGGAGGUGGGGGGUGGGGGAGGCUGGGCUGUGGGGGUGGCCAGGGAGUCUGUGAGGAGGAAGGAAAAGAUCAGUCUUAACCCUGAGGGGGGGAUCUGGGCUGUGGGGCAGUGGGGGAGUCACUUCCAGGCUCUCACCUCCCCUGUGACCUCCCUGCCCCUGAGCCGGGCCCCCAGCAGGAUCCGGGUUUGUCUGGACUGUGACCAGGGGCAGGUGACAUUUAUCGAUGCUGGUGACGAGGCCCCGAUCUUCACUUUCCCGCCGGGCUCUGUCCCUGGGGAGAGAAUCCGACCCUGGCUCUGGGUGGGAGGAUCCUGGCUCAGACUGUGUCCCUGAGACAUGGGGUGGGGGGGAGAGGAAUAUCCCACUGGGGCCCUGAAAUCAGCCUCUCUAGCCUCACACACCCUUGUCUCUAUCACCUCUCCCUGUGGACUUUCUAUCAUGCCGUCUCUAUGACCCUGGAGGUUGCUUCCAGUCCCAACUCUGUGCAGCCUCUGGACUGUCAAACCCAGUGCCGUAACGAGGGCGAGGCAAGUGAGGCACUUGCCUCAGGUAUGCAAAGCCUAGGGGCGCAAGUGUCAGCUGCUCUCUCAGCUACUGCUGCCUCUAUGGCAACCAGAGACUGUGAUUUGUAGGUAAGAUCUGAUUUGUAUAUUGACCUGGGUCUGGGUCUUGGUCCUUUGGGAUCAGGCGAACCUUUUUC